CUCAAAGGCUCAAACUACCACCUGUUCACUUGUCGCCAAUCCAUCAGUGUCGGGACAACCCAUCAGAGCUAGCUAGGGCCAGCUAGCAGCGAUUUAUCCUAGCUAGCUAGCAAGCUUCUCUUCUUCUUGCCCUCGUCGAUCGAUCGGUAUGGCGGCGGCGGCAGGUGAGGAGAGGAAGAAGACGGCGUGCGUGACCGGAGGGAACGGCUACAUCGCGUCGUUGCUCAUCAAGAUGCUGCUGGAGAAGGGCUACGCCGUGAAGACGACGGUGAGGCACCCCGAGGACAAGGAGAGCAACUCCCACCUGGAGGACCUGGAGAAGCUGGGCCUGGGCCCCUUGGAGGUCUACCGCGCCGACCUCGCCGAGGAAGGCAGCUACGACGAGGCCGUCGCCGGAUGCGACUACGCCUUCCUGCUCGCCGCGCCGGUCAACUACACGUCCAAGAACCCUGAGAAAGAGCUGAUGGAGCUCGGCGUCCAAGGCACUCUGAACGUGAUGAGGUCGUGCGUCAAGUCCGGCACGGUGAAGCGCGUGGUCCUGACCUCGUCGACGGCCGCCGUCUCCAGCAAGCCGCUGGAAAACGACGGGCACGGGCACGUGCUGGACGAGGAGUCCUUGUCCGACAUCGACUACCUCACCGCCAAAAGGACUGGCCUCUGGGCGUACCCGGUGUCGAAGGUGCUCAUGGAGAAGGCGGCGGCGGAGUUCGCGGCGGUCGAGGGCGUCAGCCUGGUGACCCUGUGCCCCUCCGUCACCGUGGGCGAGGCGCCCGACAGGCAGGUCUACACCACCGUCCCCGCCAUCCUCUCCCUGCUCUCCGGCGACGAGGCGGAGCUCAAGGUGCUCCGGGGCAUCGAGCGGGCCUCCGGCUCCGUGCCGCUGGUGCACGUCGAGGACGUCUGCCGCGCCGAGAUCUUCGCCGCCGAGGAGGCCGCCGACGGGAGGUACAUCUGCAACGGCGUCGACACCACCAUCGUCGAGAUGGCCCGUUUCCUGGCAGACAAGUACCCGCAGUACGACGUCAACACCAACCUGUAAGGAUCCAUGAACAAGAAGAAGCUCCUCCGUUCCGAGCUAGCUCCGGAUUUUAGUUGUUUGCUUGCAUGCCAUGAAUCCAUGAAACCAUGGAUCUGUUUGGUUCAGCUUUUUCUGACCAGCUUUUCUGAAAAUCUGGCUGUGGGGAGAAUCUGGCUGUGGGAAGAAUCUGAGUAUCAUUACGAUUACGUGUGGAGGAAAAUAAAGUUGUUCAUAGGGCUCAGGAUCUAGAAAGUGACGGAUUCCUACUAUUACAACGACUCAACCGAUUAUGUGUUUAUGUU